AGUAGACUAGACCAAGUCAUGUUACCAAUUGGGUUCUUCCAACAUCCUGUAAAGUUUAGUUCUUUUUUUUAUUUUAUUUUUUAUUUUUUAUUUUGUUUUUAAAUAAAAUAAAUGAAAAACAUCCUGUAAAGUUUCCCCCUUUUGUAUUUCUACUAUCUCUCUCUUCAGCACCCCACCAUUACCACCCCUCUUCACUCAUUCCAUUGAAAUUUAAGACACCCAGAAAUAAAAAUUGAAUCUAUUAACAUGUUUCGGUGUUUUUGGUUGAUUUUCUUGUAAAUUUUCUUAUCAAUUGGUUGAUUUUGGACAUCAAUUUCAGCUUUUUUUUCCAGCUACUUUUUGUGGGUCUGAAAUGGUUCUAGUCCUACUCCCAAAACCCUAGAAAAAAAGACAAUCUUUUUCAUUUUUUUGUAGCUUGAAAAGUAGUUUGUGUGUUUUGGACAUCAACGUAAAGAGAGAUGUACGUUGUGCCACCGCCUUCUCAGAAGUCGGAUCCGGCAUCUGGGUCUACUGAUUUAAGGGUUUACCAAGCAUGGAAAGGAAGUAAUAAAUUUUUGCUUCAGGGGCGACUAAUUUUUGGACCAGAUGUGAGAUCAUUAUUUUUGACCAUAUUCCUCAUUGCUGCUCCAGUUGCAGUGUUUUGUGUUUUUGUUGCUAGAAAGCUGAUGCAUGUUUAUUCUCAUAAUUCUGGAAUCUCGAUCUUGGUAGUGGCUGUCGUGGUCACUGUCUAUGAUCUAGUCCUCUUGUUGCUUACUUCUGGAAGAGAUCCCGGCAUAAUUCCCCGCAAUGCACACCCUCCAGAACCAGAAGCGUUUGAUGGAGCUGCAGAAACCGGCGGUGGACAAACGCCUCAGCUGCGUUUACCCCGUGUCAAAGAAGUAGAGGUCAACGGUAUCCCAGUUAAAAUCAAAUAUUGUGAUACUUGCAUGCUUUACAGACCUCCUCGGUGUUCACAUUGUUCAAUAUGCAACAACUGUGUGGAAAGAUUCGAUCAUCACUGUCCAUGGGUUGGACAAUGCAUUGGGCUGAGAAAUUAUCGAUUCUUCUUCAUGUUCGUCUCCACAACUACAAUCUUGUGUAUAUAUGUUUUUUUAUUUUGCUGGGUCUACAUCAAGAGGAUAAUGGAAGCAGAAGAGACGUCAAUAUGGAAAGCCAUGAUCAAAACUCCCGCGUCCAUUGUUCUAAUAAUCUAUACAUUCAUUGCUGUCUGGUUUGUCGGUGGCCUUACAGCCUUCCACUUGUAUCUGAUAAGUACUAAUCAGACAACAUAUGAAAAUUUUAGGUAUAGAUAUGAUCGACGGGCAAACCCAUACAACAAGGGAGUCAUACAGAAUUUCAAGGAGAUAUUCUGCACAAGCAUUCCCCCAUCAAAGAACAAGUUCAGGGACAUGGUGCCGAGGGAGCCUCCUCCAGCAACCCGGCGCAUGGAUGCAGGGUUCGUUAGUCCAAGCAUGGGAAAGGGCACAGAUGACAUAGAGAUGGGCCGAAAGGCUACAUGGGGUGGAGAAUUCGGGCCAGGCCUUGAGUCCGGUGAAGAACAAGUAAGCGACAAUGACGUACUAAAUAUCAAAGAUGGUCGGAUAGGUGAGGCAUCACCCGACAUAAGGGGUCACGUAGAUGAAAUGGGUGAGCGCGGUGGACUACACCCAAGACGCUCUAGCUGGGGAAGGCAAAGCGGGAACUGGGAAAUGUCGCCUGAGGUUCUAGCAUUAGCGGCCAGAGUAGGAGGCAGCAGCAAUACCGGGUUGCCUGCAGGAAAUCAGCAUGCAGACGUGAAGUUGUGAAAUGUGACAUAACCUCAUUGGAACCGAUGGUUUUUUCAGGUGUGUUCUAUUUUCGGGAGUGUGAACUUGGCUUUGUAUUGAUUCGGGAAACUUCAUCAUCCAAUCCAACUGCACGUUUUAACUAAUGUGAAUUCGUUAUUGCUGUUCAUAUUCAGUUUGUCUAAGAAAAAGGCUGUUUGAAACGAUAGAUACAGGUGUGAUGUGUGAGUUAAUGUGUGAUUGGAUUCUCUUCUCGAUUGCUGUCUCUGGCCACCGCUGUUAUCCCGCUGGCCGCUUCUAUUCAUUCUUCUAUUGCAAGCGUUGAAUGCAUGCCAAAGCGAAGGGACUAUGCAUUCUAUGUUCUGUAGUUUCUGAGUAUCGGCUUCAUAUAACUGUAUAAACGUUCGCUGUUUUUCCCAA